AUGUCGAAUCAGGCGGUCGGAAGCGUCUAUCAAUCCAUCAUUGAGGAGGUCAUCAAUAGCUCGCGAGUCGACUUUGAGGAGAGCGGCGUCGACGAUUCUGUCUUGGAGGAGUUGCGCAAGGGAUGGCAGCAAAAGCUCUCUCAGCUUGACGUGGCUCGCUUCCCAUGGGACCCCAAGCCUGAUCCGCCCCAGCCUGCUCAAAGCGCCCCCGCUGCGCCGGCAGCUUCCAGUCAGAGUCAUCCUCAGGCACAGUUCACCCCUGAGCUGUCUCUGCCCAACGUGGGCACGGCUGACGGAGCGCCGGCGAACGGGCCGAAUGCCUUGGCUCCGCAGCCCGGCUACAAUGGCAUGGAAAACAAGAACAGCGUCGCCGCAAACAGAGCCGCCCAGCAGCUCCAGUUGCAAUACGGCAUGCGGGCUGCUGGCUCUAUCAACGCCAUUCAGGAUCGCAUGGGACAGCAGCAGCCGCAGCCACAAGCUCAGCAAGCGCCCGGGCAACCCAUGGGCCAAGAGACGGGUGAUCCUGCGGGUCCCCAGCAGACGGCAGACGCAGCCAAUCACAUCAGCAACGGGCAGACGGACGGAGCUGGUGACGAGGAUGGCCUCGAGGGGGUUCUCCUUCAGCGCGGGGUCGGUGGCAACUUGCAUGAGCUAGGCAGAGUUGAGAUUGAUCGCAUGCUGCACGAACAAAUGGCCAUCAAGGCAAAGGCCAUGGAGGGUGGCGGCUUGAUGGUGCCUCUCAAGGAGGCUACCGGACGCUCGGCCAAAGUGGCCAAGCAGCGAGGCAAAGGCAAGGGCGUCGCCGCAUUUGACGGUGGAGACGACGACGACGACGAUGACGUUGAUGACGAGGACGCUAUCAACUCGGACUUGGACGAUCCCGAGGAGGAUCGCGACGACGACGAGGUUGAUGACGAAGGUCUGGGCCACAUCAUGCUUUGCAUGUAUGACAAGGUCCAGCGCGUCAAAAACAAGUGGAAAUGCACGCUGAAGGACGGUGUGCUCACGGUCAACGGCAAGGAGUACGUCUUCCACAAGGCCACUGGUGAGUACGAGUGGUAG